AGCCUGGCCAAUGAGAUGUUUGGAUACAACGGGUGGUCGCACUCCAUUUCCCAGCAGAACGUUGACUUUGUAGACCUCAUCAAUGGAAAGUUUUAUGUCGGCGUCAGCGCCUUCAUUAAAGUGCAGCUGAAGGACGGCUCAUUUCAUGAGGAUGUGGGCUACGGCGUCAGCGAGGGGCUGAGGUCUAAAGCUCUGUCUCUGGAAAAGGCCAGAAAGGAAGCGGUCACAGACGGCAUGAAGAGGGCACUGAAAUGUUUCGGUAAUGUCCUUGGAAACUGCAUACUGGAUAAACAGUACCUCUUUGCCAUCAACAAGAUCCCUAAACAGGCUCCACCUGCUCUAGAUCCAGGCCAGACUAAACGUUCUGAGGGACAGCCAUCGGUGGAGAAGGCCCGGUUUUGCAGUCUGGUUCGAGAUGAAAAUCCUGUUUCUACAGCCCGACCUGCCAUGGCGUCGCUGGAACUCAGAGAUUUCAACCAUUCAGAGGUCCGCACUCCCAGCACCACUGGUUCUGCUUCCAGCAGGAAGAGUGAGGACAUCAGCUCAAAAUCUGCUGCAGACUCCGCGGACGAUGCCGCGUCUGAGGCAAAAAUGGACUCCAAGCAGCUGAGAAAAAUGCGCCAGCAGCAGCUUCAGCAGAAGUUCAGGAGCGAGAUGGAGGCCAAGAAGCUGCAGCAGAGGCAGGACCGGGUCAAGUCUGAGGAGGCCGAGGUCGCACGAAGGUCCUGCGGAUCCGAAGAUGGUGCCCCUGCCAUCAGCACGUCUGAGAAGCAGAAGCUCAGCUCCAGGAACACGACAGAUGAUCCCGAGCUCUGGGACUUUUCUCUGGAUGGGAUCGAGGAUCUGGACGGUCCUGCGGGCGAACCUCCUCCCAAAGGGAUCCGGCCCGGCACUCCUGGGAGCCACCAGAUGCAGACGCGCAGGAAGACUCCUCAGAGAGCCUGCAGCAGACCUCCGGAGGCCCCGGUGAACCACAGAGCGCACCACCAGAACCAUCAUCAGGGACACGGUGAAGUCUACAGCCCACACAGACAAGGACAGACGAUAAAAAAACGCCGGCUGGACUCUUGA